GAGAGAGGCGGAGAGGAAGCGGAGCUUCAUCGGAUGAAAUGAGGUGAAAGUAAUUCCGCAUUAAUCAAGCCGGGGCAAAAAAAAAAGGGGAGCGAAUACUGUUCUUUCUCCCCCCCAUCGUUGGCCGAGGAACUGAAAGGCAAGGUGUGAAUGACGGAACAUACCGGAUCCGGCAGAGCAGCACCACUGGAUCACCGCAUCGCACCAUGUCCGAGUCCAACGCCAUCGCUGCUUCCACUGCAGAUCAGAAUGGAGCAGUUCCAGGCGAGUCGGUGAGGAAGGAUGAAAACUCCCGACGAGGGAAUUGGGGCAACCAAAUCGAGUUUGUCCUCACCAGUGUGGGCUAUGCUGUGGGUCUGGGAAAUGUUUGGAGGUUCCCCUACCUCUGCUACAGAAACGGAGGAGGUGCCUUUAUGCUCCCGUAUUUUAUCAUGUUGGUCUUCUGUGGCAUUCCGCUCUUCUUCCUGGAGUUGUCCUUCGGCCAGUUUGCCAGCCUGGGGUGUCUGGGAGUCUGGAAGAUUAGCCCAAUGUUCAAAGGUGUGGGCUACGGCAUGAUGGUGGUGUCCACCUACAUCGGGAUUUAUUACAACGUGGUGAUUUGCAUCGCCUUCUACUACUUCUUCAUGUCCAUGACUAACUUAUUGCCGUGGACGUACUGCAACAACCCCUGGAACACGCCCGACUGCAGCGGAGUGGUGAGCCAAAGCGGCCAGAUUAACGGCACCCUGGCCAACGUCACCCGCGGCGUGGCGGCGGGGGUCAGCGAGGUCGUCAAUCGCACCAAGAGGACCAGUCCCAGCGAGGAAUACUGGAAACACUACGUGCUGGACAUCUCCGACGACAUCGGCAACUUUGGAGAAGUGCGCCUCCCCAUCCUGGGCUGCCUGGCUGUGUCCUGGGUGGUGGUCUUCCUCUGCCUCAUCAGGGGCGUCAAAUCCUCGGGAAAGGUGGUGUACUUCACAGCCACAUUCCCUUAUGUGGUUUUGACCAUCCUGUUUAUCCGCGGCAUUACCCUGGACGGAGCCAUCAACGGGAUCAUGUACUACCUGACUCCGCAGUGGCAGAAGGUCCUGGAUGCUAAGGUGUGGGGAGAUGCCGCGUCACAGAUUUUCUACUCCCUGGGAUGUGCGUGGGGCGGCCUCAUUACGAUGGCUUCCUAUAACAAGUUCCACAACAAUUGUUUCAGAGACAGCAUCAUCAUCAGCAUCACCAACUGUGCUACCAGCGUCUACGCCGGCUUUGUCAUUUUCUCCAUCCUGGGCUUCAUGGCACACCAUCUGAACGUUCCCGUAUCGGAGGUGGCCGACCACGGCCCGGGUCUGGCCUUUGUGGCCUACCCGGAGGCUCUCACUCUGCUGCCCAUUUCCCCACUCUGGUCGCUGCUCUUCUUCUUCAUGCUCAUCCUUCUCGGGCUGGGUACUCAGUUCUGCUUACUGGAGACGCUGGUGACGGCCAUUGUGGAUGAGAUCGGCACCGACUGGAUCAUCAGAAACAAGACCGUGGUUACACUGUGCGUGGCGAUUGUCGGAUUCCUACUCGGAGUGCCGCUAACAACUCAGGCAGGAAUCUACUGGUUGCUCCUGAUGGACAAUUACGCUGCUAGCUUCUCUCUGGUCAUCAUUUCCUGCAUUAUGUGUGUCUGCAUCAUGUAUAUUUAUGGUCACCGAAACUAUUUCAAAGACGUUGAGAUGAUGCUGGGUUUCCCUCCUCCGCUCUUCUUCAAAGUGUGCUGGAGGUUCAUCUCCCCCGUUAUUAUUUCUUUUAUCCUGAUCUUCACGGUGAUCCAGUACAAGCCCAUCACUUACAAUGACUACGUUUACCCCGGCUGGUCCCUGGCCAUCGGCUUCGCCAUGGCUCUGUCCUCCGUCAUCUGCAUACCCAUCUACGCCCUCUACAAGAUCUCAAGGUCCCCGGGGGCCACUUUCAGAGAGCGCUUGAAGAGUGCUUGCCAGCCUCAUCCCAAGUGGGGCCCGGCCCUGCGGGAGCACCGCAUCGGCCGCUACGCCCCGGCAGCCACGGAAGACACUGUGGAGGCUCGUCCCCUCAAGGAGAAGGACGAGCUGAAAGAGGAGCUGCGGGAGGAGGAGAAGGAGAGGAAGGAUGACAUCGGCCUCACCAUCCAGGGAAGCAACGGCUCCACCAACACGCACAACAACCCCAACCCGAGUGCAUAGACGGCGGGCCAGGCUACCGUCGCCGUGCGCCCCCCCCUCCUCCUCCAUCCUUUCUCCUCCCUUCUCCUCCAAUCCUCACCCCACUUUCCCACAGUCCUCUGUGGGGGAGAUCCCUUUUUGCUGGAGACCUUUACAUAUUGUAAGGGCUUAUUAUAUCUAUCCUAACCUCUGCUGUCUAGCUGUGAUAUCUCUAGGAGCAAAAACAAAAAAAAAGGCACAAAAAAAGGAAUAAAUUGGGUCAUCGUCCAAAUGAUUUGCGUAUGUUUGCGUGCGUGCGUGCGUGGGAUUGUUUCGUUUCUUGCACAUAAUUUAAUAUUUCCUCAUCUUCACAUGCAGUUAGAGGUAUGCUAGAUGCUGUUUGUGUCGUGCACAGACGCACGCACUCUUCUCCUGACAUCUUGAACCUGGGCCCGCAUGGGAUGGGUGGAAGCAGAACCUUUUAAACCCCCACUUUGCCCCCCACCUUCCUCCCCCACCCCUCUUUCGGCCCCAUCUACUGUGUCGUAAUACACACCAGGUGAAAAUGAAUUACCACGUUCAAAGGACGUUCCUUUGCAUACACCUUGCACCGCACCGUGACCUCACAGACUAAUUCUCUUGUUUCUUUACUUUCACUUUCACUUUCUUCACUUCUCAGGGUCCAAGUAAGCUUUGAGGUUUGCCUCGUUGAAAUCACAGAUACAGUAAUCCCUCGCCACAUCACGCUUGUUCAAAAAUAUAUUAAAUAAAUUAUAUAUAAUUAUAUAUAAUAAUUAUUAAAUUAUAUAAAUUAUAUAAUAUAAUAAUAAUAAUAUAAUAUAUAUAUAUUUAUAUAUUAAAAUAAAUUAUUAUUAUUACAUUACAUGCAUUUUUAAGCUCAUUUUUUUGUUUUUUAAAAAAAGAUUUCACGCAGAAAAAUUUAUUUAUUAACUAAAGUAAAAAUUUCAGGCAUUCAGAAUUCAGUAGAUGCAUUGAAAGAUGUCACAAUGCCAUGUAGUGUUCUACACUGGUCACCAAGGGUCAGUAAUGUCACUCUAAUGUGAUUAUAGGGGUGCUAUGUCAUGUCUAGAGGGCUCUUAUUACUGUAAUGUUAUUUGAGACACACAAGCACCAGGCUUUUACUGCGGGUUUUGAACACAUUCACAGCAAUAUAGUCUUAUUUAUGUCUUAUCAUUAUGAUCACAUGAGCGUAAAGGUGACUAUAGGGGUGUUAUUUCAUGUCUAGAGGUCUCAAAUGUAAAAACAAAACAAAUUUUGAAGGUGGUAAACAGGUUUUCUUUAACGUAAUUAACAAAAUAUUCCAUUCCUAAAUAAGGAGUCCUACUUGGCGGAAUGUACGAUCAUGGUCGGGAUCAUGGUCGGGCCUGGAAGUGAUGAAGGAGGGAUUACUGUAUCCUGUAGUAUCUACACCAGUGGGGAUUGCUCUAAGACUGCAAGGAAGCUCAUUUUGCCCUAAAAUGUCCCAAAAAAUGACCUGUCUCAGUCUUGCAUAAUAAUUAUUAAUAAUAAUAAUUAUUAGUCCAUAGAAGGGCGGAGUUGAUGGUGACAUAAAUCGGUGAAUGCUAUUUUACCAACAUGAAGGACAGGCAUACAUAAUUAUUGAAUUAUUAUUAUUAUUGACAGUGUAAUGGGACAAAUUGGCCCGCUUUGCCACGUUGUGUUGCAGUUGCACCUUUCGUCCACAGGAUGGGGCUGUUCUCCUGUGUACAGUUGGAGGUAGCAGGCAUUCGGUGUCGGUUCUACAAAGCCAGGGCCACAUAGUGAAAAAUUAAUGCAGGAAGAAAUAUUGUACGAACACCGCUAUUGCUUCUUUACUUCUUUAAUCAUUUUCAUAAUAUUUUUUGGCAUAUUAUGACUUUAUUCCCAUAAUAUUUUAAUUUGCUACCAAACCUCAUUUUUUUUAAAUUUACUUAUUUUUUUUGGUUCCUCAAAAUAGUACAAAUAAAACACAAAAGAGUAUUUUCUUCUAUAAUACAAUUUUUUUAAAUAAUACACCAGGUUAUUCUUGGAAAUCUUUUUUCUUAAUAUGAAUAUUAAUAUUAAUAAUAUUAAUUAAUAAUAUUAAUAUUCUCAAAUAUUUCCAAUUAUUUCAACUUGUUCUUGGAAUUCUCAUCAUAUUUUCACUUCAUCUUUAGAAACGCUACACAGUUUUCCAAAAAUUCCAACUUCAUUCAUUGUUUUGUUUGUUUUUCAUAAUAAUACGAAAUUUUUUUAGACUUUAACUUCAUGCUAAAAAAUUUUAUUUUUCCUGGGAAUAUUACCCACUCCAUGAUUCUGAUAAAAAAAAAUUACUACUUUUUCUCUCAGUUUUUUGUCUUGUGUUGCCAUUUUUUGCUGUUUUUUUUAGGUUUGUAGUUCAAUUAUAUUUUUAGAAUGUGGCACGGGCUGCAAACGGCCCCCGGGCCGCACUUUGAACACCCUCUGAUCCGUAUUUCUAGACAGGAAGCGUGGACACCAUGCCUCCGUUAGCGGUCUCAGCAUCCCCGUGACGUCGUUCUAACGCCGCCAUGUUGUCAUACUAGCUGUGUAUACGCCCUCCGCCCCACCAACCCCCACCACACCCCCACCUCCAUCCCUGCUGGCCCCCAUCACUCCCCCAACCUUUGUACAGUCAUGUAAAAAAAAAUGGUAUUCCAGUACUGACUGUGUAUCUUUACGUUUCUCGUUAGCGAGGCACGUUUGUUUUGCUUUUCAUUUGUCCUUCUUAGUGUAACGUAGACGUCACGUGUAGUGUGUACUACUUGUGUGUAUAGUGCGUUAGCGUCCGCUACUGCUGAGUCUGCAUGUAGAGCAGACGUAGUAUUAAUGUCAACGUACCUCUAAUUUUCACUCUUACUCUGCUCAUGUACUCAUAUACUGUCUGUAUAUACAAAUAUAUAGACAGUAUAUACACAUAUACACACAUACAUAUAUAUAUAUAUAUAUAUAUAUAUAUAUACAGUAUAUACACAUAUAUGGUAUGAAAAAGUGGUAAUUUACAAGGUUUUCCAGGUAAAUAUAUUAUAUAGCAGACCAAUGAACUGAUAGAUGACAAGGGAAACAAUAAAUUAGCUAGGUCGACUCAUUGACCUUUGACCCUUGACCUGAAAGUGAAGCCAAUCAUAAGAAAUUCUCACAUGACCACAUGAACAAAGAUUGUUCAACAUCAUGGUCUAAGGGAAGGAUACAAACAGUGGAAAAACUGGAAGACCACAGGAACGGUUCUAGUUAAGGCCCGGAGUGGCAGUCCGAGAUUAUGUAAUCUCAGAUCCAACCCCAGAGACCAGCUCCAAAGACCUCCAACCUGAUGUAGAUGCAGAUGUUGUCACUGGGCAUCCGUCAACGAUUCAUCAUGCGGAUGAAGAACACAGCAUUCCAAGACAAACACUUGCUACCCACAGUAAUAUUUGGUGGUGGUUCCAUCAUGUUUUGGGGGCUUGGGGGGGGGCAGUGCAGGUACUAGAAAUCUUCCAGUCGGUAUCACCAGAUUGUUGCCACCAGUCUUCAUGAACCAGUGCUUGGAAACCAUCUGGAGAUGUUUUGGAAAGAGAAUAAAUAACUUCGGGCUGCAUGGUGGUCGAGUGGUUAGGAGACCAGGGUUCAAUUCCACCCUCGGCCAUCUCUGUGUGGCGUUAGCAUGUUCUCCCCGUGCAUGAGUGGGUUUUCUCCGGGUUUUCCUCCCACAUUGCAAAAACAUGCUAGGUUAAUUAGCGACUCCAAAUUGUCCAUAGGUAUGAAUGUGAGUGUGAAUGGUUGUUUGUCAAUAUGUGCCCUGUGAUUGGCUGGCGACCAGUCUAGGGUGUACCCCGCCUUACGCCCGAAGACAGCUGGGAUAGGCUCCAGCACCCCCCGCGACCCUCGUGAGGAAAAGCGGUAGAAAAUGAAUGAAUGAACUUCGGGCUGCAUGGCGGUCAAGUGGUUAGGAGACCAGGGUUCAAUUCCACCCUCGGCCAUCUCUGUGUGGAGUUAGCAUGUUCUCCCCAUGCAUGCGUGGGUUUUCUCCGGGUUUUCCUCCCACAUUGCAAAAACAUGCUAGGUUAAUUAGCGACUCCAAAUUGUCCAUAGGUAUGAAUGUGAGUGUGAAUGCUUGUUUGUCUAUAUGUGCCCUGUGAUUGGCUGGCGACCAGUCUCGGGUGUACCCCGCCUUACGCCCAAAGACAGCUGGGAUAGGCUCCAGCACCCCCCGCGACCCUCUUGAGGAAAAGCGGUAGAAAAUGAAUGAAUGAACUUCGGGCUGCAUGGCGGUCAAGUGGUUAGGAGACUAGGGUUCAAUUCCACCCUCGGCCAUCUCUGUAUGGAGUCUGCAUGUUCUCCCUGUGCAUGCGUGGGUUUUCUCCGGGUUUUCCUCCCACAUUCCAAAAACAUGCUAGGUUAAUUAGCGACUCCAAAUUGUCCAUAGGUAUGAAUGUGAGUGUGAAUGGUUGUUUGUCUAUAUGUGCCCUGUGAUUGGCUGGCCACCAGUCCAGUGUGUACCCCGCCUCUCGUCUGAAGACAGCUGGAAUAGGCUCCAGCACCCUCGUGAGGAUAAGCGGUAGAAAAUGAAUGAAUGAAUAAAUAAUUAGAACCCGGACACUCAUUUGAAGCUAUAGGAAACCUUUAUAUGUGAUCAGAAGGAGGAUCUACUAAAUAUUUAUGUCAUUUUUUUUUGGUCGGGUUGCUCAAAUUUUGUCCUAUAAACUUCAUUUGUCUGCUCUAUGAUAUUUUUACCUGGAAUAGCUGAUCAUUUAUAAAACGACCAGGGGUGCCCAAACCUUUCACACCACUGUGUAUAUGCAGUAUACACACACAUAUAUACAGUAUAUACUGUAGAAACAGUAUAUAUACACAUAUGUACACACAUCUAUAUAUACAGUAUGUCUUUUCAAAGUAUUUUUUUGUACUAAAAGAGGAGAAAGAAAUGGACAUCGAGUAUUUCAUCGUCAGAUGUUAGGUAAUAUUCUGCAAGCGUUGCCAAACAAAAGCUUUGGAUUAAAACUUGAACUCUAGAAGGAUGGACAGGAAGGAUUUUACCACGGAAUACGAGGGCCACAUUGUUCGAGAAUAAACAACAACUUUAUUCUCCGAAAUUGAGAAGAAAAAAAUCGGAAUUAUUUCCCGACGACUUUGACCUUUUUGUCGUAAAUUUGACUUUAUUAUCGUAAAUGUACGAUGGUGUUUUCAUAUUUUUAUUGUGAAUGUACGACUUUUUUUUUUAUAAAUGUAUGACUUUUUUUGUUGGGAAUUGUGACUUUUUUUUCCUGGUAAAUUGAUGACUUAAUUCUCGGAAUUUUACGACUUUUUUUACUCUUCGAUUUUCAACUUUGGUCUCGUAAAUUGAUGACUUUAUUCUUGUAAUUUUAUGACUUUUUUAGUCUUUGAUUUUCAACGUUGGUCUUGUACAUUUAUGACUUUACUCUCUUAAUAUUACGACUUUUUUUGACUUAAUUGUACGUACGUACAUUUACGAUAUAUUUCAUUUUCUCGUAAUUUUACGACUUUUUUACUCUUUGAUUUUCAACUUUGGUUUUGUACAUUUAUGACUUUACUCUCUUAAUAUUACAACUUUUUUUCGACUUAAUUGUACGUACAUUUACGAUAUAUUUCAUUUUCUCGUAAUUUUACGACUUUUUUGCUCUUCGAUUUUCAACAUUGGUCUUGUACAUUUAUGACUUUACUCUCUUAAUAUUAUGACUUUUUUUUUACUUAAUUGUAUGUACAUUUACGAUAUGUUUCAUUUUUUCGCAAUUUUACGACUUUUUACUCUUUGAUUUUCAACGUUGGUCUUGUACAUUUAUGACUUUACUCUCUUAAUGUUACGACUUUUUUUCGACUUAAUUGUACGUACAUUUAUGAUAUAUUUCAUUUUCUCGUAAUUUUACGACUUUUUUACUCUUUUAUUUUCAAUGUUGGUCUUGUACAUUUAUGACUUUACUCUCUUAAUAUUACGACUUUUUUUACUUAAUUGUACGUACGUACAUUUACGAUAUAUUUAAUUUUCUCGUAAUUUUCCGACUUUUUUACUCUUCGAUUUUCAACAUUGGUCUUGUACAUUUAUGACUUUACUCUCUUAAUAUUACGACUUUUUUCAACUUAAUUGUACGUACAUUUACGAUAUAUUUCAUUUUCUCGUAAUUUUACGACUUUUUUACUCUUCAAUUUUCAACUUUGAUUUUGUACAUUUAUGACUUUACUCUCUUAAUAUUACGACUUUUUUCGACUUAAUUGUACGUACAUUUACGAUAUAUUUCAUUGUCUCAUAAUUUUACGACUUUUUUACUCUUUGAUUUUCAACGUUGGUCUUGUACAUUUAUGACUUUAGUCUCUCAAUAUUACAACUUUUUUCGACUUAAUUGUACGUACAUUUACGAUAUAUUUUAUUCUCGUUAAUUUAUAACUCUUUUUCUCGUAAAUGUAUGACUCUCUUCUCUUACGUUUACGACUUUAAUCACGUAAUAUGACGACUUUUCGUGUAAAUUUGCGACUUUUUUUUUCACAUGGCCCUCAAACUCCGUGGUAUUUUUUCCGGCGAGGCCUGCAGUGACUUUUUCUUAGAUUUUUGUCUCGAAGAGUAGCGUGAGGCGAAAAGCUGUCUAUAAAAAACGAACACUAAUUCCGAGCCUAACCCGAAAAACAACAACAACAACAAAAAGCAACACCAAAUAAUAACAACGUUAACCUUAGAAAAAUAUUCCACGGAUUUCAGGAGCCAUUUUUCCCGAUAUUUCUCCGGCAGUCUGUGGUAUGUUCCGCAUCUGAGACGGUUGGUUAUCUUUUAUCAUGGAAAGGAAAUGUACACGGAGGUGAAGAACCGGACUCGUGUAGAAAAAAAAAAAUCCACCGCCAUGUUUGGACUUGAAUUGAACCGCUUCAUCCCACGGAAAGACAUGUUAGCAUGUUAGCACGGGCGAGGAAAAGCACAGGUGAAAAGAGCACAGUUCUUCUGGUACCUUCUAUCAUCUCUAACGGUGUCUUGUUCUUCUUCUUCUUCUUCAGUCUUUAGGGCCAAAAUACAUUCACGUCUUAGUCCUGUCAGCUGUAUAUUGUAAAACUGUUCAAUUACAUUGGGAAAUAAAAUCUAUUUUAAAGAUCA